ACUGCCCAGCCCAGCCCUCCAGAUCCCAGCAGAUGGGACCUGGGGCCGCGUGACCCCUCCCCCUGUCCCUGCCCCGCCCAGCUUACCGGGCCCUAGCUGAUCCGUGCAGUUUGCACCGCUGCUCAUGACUAUUGAUGUGGGAGCCAAGUCUGCAAGCAUCGAUCGUGCCGCCCUGAGCCUAGGCGUACGCCUGGCUUAUGGUCUGACAGCCGCAGCAGCCCCCCUUACUCCCACCCCUCCCUGGGCCUGGCCCCCACAGCUCAUCAUCCCCAAUACUGGUGGUGGCAAAGUCGCUGGUUUCCGGGGAGGAAGGGGGAGGGGAGGGAUGAGUGAAAGAACUGACACCGCCCAGUGCCUGCACCUGCGCCACCCAGCAACUCCUGAACUUCCGCAACUCCCCACCUCACGCCCCCCUCGCCCUUGGCCCUGUACCCCCUCUGGCCAGAGAAGAGAGAAGAAGGCUUUGCCACUGUGUAGUUCUGAGUCUCAUGAGGAGAAUGUGCUCCUGGAUGAACAUGCUAUAACAUGGAACAGGAUUGGGAGAUCUCCUGGGGACGCCACCCAGGUCAGCCCUAAGGCCACGGAACCCCGGCGGCCGCCGCCGCCCAAGGUCCAGCAGGAGCGGGCCCGGGCGUGGCCUUUGGGGGCGCUGUACACCGCAGCCGUCGUGGCUUUUGUGCUCUAUAAGUGUUUGCAGCAGGAGAAAAAUGGGGCUCCUGUUCUCCCAGAAGAGGCAGGCAAGAAGGAAUCAUUGCAGUCAGAGCAACAGCUGGCCCAGUUGACACAACAGCUGGCCCAGACGGAACAACACCUGGACAAUCUGAUGGCCCAGCUGGACCCCCUUUUUGAGCGCGUGACUACUCUGGCCGGAGCACAGCAGGAGCUUCUGAACAUGAAGUUACACACCAUCCACCAGCUGCUACAAAAGAACACGCCCAGCAAGGGUGUGGAGGUUCCAGAGCCAGAGGCUAGCCUGCCCUUUCCUGAGGACUCACGUAUGAAGGAGGAAGACGAGGAGGCUGGUGACACUCAGGCUGGGGAAGAGCCCCUAAACUGGAGCACAGAGACAAGGAACCUAGCUACUCCUUGGGGAGCGGAGCAGGGGCUGAGGAGAAGAUGCAGCAAGACUGCGGCAAAGGGCCCCAGUCCCAGCCCCCUCCAGGAAGGUUUAGUAAAACAAAGUCUGUUCCUGUGAUUGGAUGCUCCCGUGU